GCGAGGAGGGAAACAAAGUUGCAGGAUCUUCCAGAAGAGCCCUCGAGCUUAAACGACAUCGAGAUCUCGAGCCCAUCACAGCGAAAGCCGGGCGUUACCGGAGCAGGAGCUUUUAUUUCAUUCAAAAGUCUCUCCGUUAAUGGAUCCGCGGUGACCUGAUGCGCGCACCUCACUCCAGAGCUAGACUCAGUGAUGGCAUCUUACCGUAGCUUAGAUGAUGACGCAAUGGCUCUGAUGGUCCACGACACGAACGCGGUGAAGAAAGAAGAGUUCGCGAAGGAAGAGCCGCUCCAAGAGCCGAGUUCGGAGAAGGUGGAUGCGUCUCAAAAGCCGCCUUACUCGUACGUGGCUCUGAUCGCCAUGGCCAUCCGGGAGAGCUCGGAAAAGAGACUGACCCUCUCCGGCAUCUACCAGUACAUCAUCACCAAGUUCCCCUUCUACGAGAAGAACAAGAAGGGCUGGCAGAACAGCAUCCGACACAACCUGAGUCUCAACGAGUGCUUCAUUAAAGUUCCCCGGGAGGGCGGCGGGGAGCGCAAGGGCAACUACUGGACUCUGGAUCCGGCCUGCGAGGACAUGUUCGAGAAGGGCAACUACCGGCGCCGGAGGCGCAUGAAGCGGCCGUUCAGACCGCCGGCGGCUCACUUCCAGCCGGGCAAGUCUCUCUUCGGCGGCGACGGAUACGGCAGCUACCUCCCCGCGCCCAAAUACCUCCAGCCCGGCUUCAUGAACAACAGCUGGCCGCUUGCGCAACCACCGCCGCCGAUGAGCUACGCGUCCUGCCAGAUGACCACCGCCAACAUGGGUCCCAUGAAAGCACUGUCCGGUCCGUCGUACAACCCCUACAGUCGAAUGCAAGCCAUGGGCCUGCCGAACAUGAUGAACUCGUACAGCGGGAUGGGGCACCACCAGCACCCGGCGCCGCAGCAGCAGCCCUCGCCGGUCCCGUCUAACUCCGCGGCCGCUCUGCAGUUCACCUGCUCCCGGCAGCCGGCCGAGCUCUACUCGUACUGGGACCACGAGGCCAAAAACUCGUCGUUACACUCGCGGAUUGACAUUUGAACCGAGGGAAUGUGUGAACUGGGCGCAGGGUCUGUUUUACGCGUCCAGCGAGGUAAACAGGGUAACUUUUGAUGCUGAAGAACAAACACAGAUCUGAACUAUCUCAGUCCCUGAAUGUUCCGGACUGCAUGGAUAAAUGUUUGUUUUUUUACAAUCUAAAUCAGUAGGUUUUUUUUUUUGUUUGUUUUUUGAUCGCUUCAGGAUAAAACAUGCACGUUUGACAAAAAUGCCUUCGAAAAUUCAUUUGAGGACCGUGCAGAAAGAAAAGCAUUUGCUAGAUUGUUUGGGACCAUUGUGAUUUUUACAUUUUGGAUUGUCAA